UUUUAUGAGAGGCAGACGGCAAAUCAACAAGAUCGCACGCCAUGCUGUCGUCUGCUUGCUUCCUUGUGUUUCUGUUCGUCUGGACCGGGCCGAGGGUUGCACGGGGGGUUGACCACAAAACUUGGAUAGAAAAUCUCCAGGGGUCUUAUUUCAAGCUGUAUGGCGUCUUUCAAGGACUUGAGAAACAGAACAAGGAUAUGAUGGCAUUAUUUGGCAAAGUAAAGAUCGUUGAUGAAAGACUCACACAAGAACACCACACUGCAAAAGAAAUUCGGGGAAGUUUCCAAACGUUGCGGCCUCAGCUUAACACACUGGGAAAUGCCUUCGACAACUUGAACCGCAGCAUCAGUCGUGAAAAGGAAAAGAUAAACCAAGUGGACGUCAACUCAAAUGGUGGAUUUAAAGAACACGAGGACGAAAUAGAAUCGUUUUCUGGUAUCUUGGAGGGAUAUAUAGCAGAUGUUGACCAACGUAUUAAAGUUCAGAAGCAAACGUGUUCAGAAGAGUUGCGACAAGAAGCAGAGCGCCAGGCCGAAGCGACGCAUGCCUUCCGUCAACAACUCUGGGAUUACGAAGACGCGAGGGAACAGAAGACGAAAAUGAUCAAAGAACUCAUGCAAACGGUCAACUCUACAAUCGCUGCUCUAAGGGCGAGGGACCAGGCAUCACACGACCGCGCCGCAUCUCUGCAAAUCAGAGUCCAACAACUGAUUCAAGAAGUUGAAGGAAUCUUCAUCCGAUCUAGAGAGCAAGGUUCGCGGCUGGACACCGCAAAUGCCUCGUCUAGCGGAGACAGGCAACACGUCACGAACUUCCGUACCUCGUUUAAUACUCAUCUGCAGCAGUUUAAUCAUAUUCAACAACUGUUAGCUACUAUACAGGCAUCAGUCGCGGAGCUACAGACCAGAAAGGGGCAGGUACAAGGAUAUACAUCUCACCUCAAUGAACAUAUCCAAAAUCGUCAAUCUCGCCUUGACGACGAUGACCAACAACGAGCAACUCUUCUGCAACAAAUCAGAGAUCUCCGUAACGACCAUGGGCAGGACAACAAUGCCAUUGGUCUGGAUUUGAAUGACAUCGAGGCUACGCUUGACACUUUGGAGGCAGAUACAGAAGCUGAUGACUCCCUGACUCAAGUGGAGUCUACCAUACGAAACAUACAGGCCAACAUUACUGCAUUGAACUCUAAGAUUGACCAAAAUCAAAACCAUCAGGAAAUGAUCCAACAGCAACAAAGCAACCAACAGCAGUCGAUUGAGACGGAGGGUGGUGCAAUCCAAGAGCACACACAGGCACAGGAAACCUUUGACGAACAGUUAGAGUCAUACAACACAACCUACCAGGAACGAGUGUCGACUGAAGAAGAGCGUCUGCAGACCAUGGAAACACAAGUCGGAGAUUCAACGGAGAUUCUCACAACUCUACAAGGGAUCGUCGAUGUCCUCUCAACAAAUGUCGAAGGUGCUGAGCAACAGUUUGCACAGUAUUCGAGCCCCGCGGCCAUUUCGGAAGGCUUUGCCAGUCUGGAGCAAUCUAUCCAAGAUGUUGAAGACACCCAAGCAACAUUUACUUCCGUAGAACAACAGCUUACCGAAUCGAUGUCGGAAACGGACGGAAGAUUUGAAGGGUUAGAAUCAGACAUUUUAGAUCAAGAGACUUCCAUGGAGCAAGCACAGGCGAACCUGCAGCUGGCAGCCCAGGCGCAAGACGGAGAUUUUGACGUAUCAAGUACCAUUGCUAGCCUGAGCACACUGGUUACCACCAACACUCAACAAAGUGACGAACUCAGCUUGUCAACUCAGGAAGUCCUCAGAGACCGCCAGUUGGUUCAGGCACAGCAACAGACUCUCGAAGAACAGAUAGAUGCAAUUCCAGUUGAUCAAGCGCAGCAGAAUGUGGCUGCUGUCUUUGAAGACGACAUCCGAGAACUUGACCUCAAGCUCGACAACAUGGAAGCAUCAGUGGACCAGCUAGAGGUGACAGCGAAUGCGCUUGCCUCGUCCUCUGAGAGCACGUUUGAAAUGCUUGAAGGCAACCUGGACACCAUCACCACCCAGCUUUCCAAUCAGCAGGGCGCGAUAAAUGCACUGUUGCUUAGACAGGAAGACGGACUGGAGAACACAGUGACUACCUUGCAACAGAACGUCGAUGACAUAACAAGCUCUACCAACGGUCUAUUCACAAGCGUUGCUGACCUCGAACAAGCCCUCCAAGGAUCAUCUGUCGAUCACUUCGAAUCAGGCACUUGGGAACUUCCGGAGCAGAGGAAUUUUUGGGGCCAAUCGCAAACAUAUGAUUCAAAACAAACCAACACCAUAAACUUCAGCAGUCAUUUUCGAAGAAGUCCUGUCGUUUAUGUCAGCAUUUCCAAAUGGGACAUGGGAUCGGGCUACACUAACAGCUUUUCGGUCCGUGUAUACAACGUAGAGCCAAGCGGGUUUUCGAUGACGUACGGGCGUGACUCUGACGGGCAAUUUUAUGCCGGGACGGUAGAGUGGAUAGCUGUGGGCAACCGGUAUUAAAGGCAUCGUAAUACCCCCCUCACAUUAGGCGAAA